UCCAACGUUAAGUGUCGGAAACUAAACCCUAGAGAAAUCUCUUCUUCUAGUUCUAGUCUCCUGCUUCUUCGAGAUCGUGUGUCGUAACUCGUAAGCUAGGGAAGCCCUUUUUGUCUUCGAAUUUCGGCUAGAUUCAAACCAUGGUUGGAAGACGAGUAUCACCUGCUCUAACUAAGGAUGAUGCGCAUUCAUACAUCAUUGCUGUGAAGGAAACAUUUCAUGAUGAACCUACGAAAUAUCAAGAGUUUAUCAAGCUCUUGAAUGGUGUUUGUGAUCAUAGAGUCGAUAAAUAUAGUGUCAUUGCAAGGGUGGAGGAACUGAUGAAAGAUCAUCAGGAUCUUCUUCUUGGUUUCAGUGUCUUCCUUCCACCUGUUUCUGUAGAGGAUUUUAUAAACAAGCUCAAGACACGGUUUCAGAGCCUUGAUACUCAUGUAGUGGGGGCAAUUCGCGGGUUAAUGAAGAUGUUUAAAGAGGGAAAGAUGUCGGUAAAGGAGGUGCAAGAGGAGGUCAUUGAUGUUCUCUUCUAUCAUGAAGAUUUGAUUGAAGACUUUCUCAGAUUUUUCACAAAGAACCCUGUAUCAACAGCAUCACUACUACUACAAUUAUAACGAGUGAUGUAUUUUUUAUGAAUGAGAAUGGAGUGUAUAGUUUCUUUUGUAGAGGUUUUAAAUCUUUGCUUUUCACCAUGAAGAGGAUGAGAUUUGAAUUUGAUAUACUCAGAUGAUUGAAACUCAAAGUGUCACAAAACUCAAAAAUACUUCUCAUAACCUUAUUUUGUUUAUGUUGAAUUUUACUGAUGAAAAACCUAUGAAAGAUCAAACAUUUUUUUAAAAC